GGUAGCCAUUAUUGCAAGUGUUUCACGGUGAUUCCAAUUUUAAAGUUGAAAUUCUUUAUGAUUUUACGAUUAUCUAGUCAAUCUUGAAAGCUAGUAAACUAGUAUCCUCGGUGUGUGUUACAAAUAACGUGUAUAGCCAAAAGGAAGUGGCGUUUCGGAACCCUAUGGUUUAUUUUCGAAUCGGAAACAUUUUCGUGAAAAAGUGCUAAUAAUUAGUUACAAAAUUUGUGCAACCCGUUUCUUCGCCUGGGCCAAGUUUGAAUCCGUGAUGAAUAACAACGGCUUCAGUACCGGUGAGGAAGACUCCCGUGGUCCGGCGGAUCAGGUCUGUUGCCUGCUAGACGAUGGCGAACGCUGUCGAAACCAGGCCGGGAAUGCCUCCUACAGCAAACGCAUUCAGAAGACCGUGACACAGAGGCGGCUCAAGCUCAGUAUCGAUACAGCUGCGAGGCACAUCUAUAUCUGUGACUUUCACAAGGGCCGUAUCCAGUGUGCCCGCACGAAACGCCGCCGUCGCGAUUCCGAAGACGACAGCAACGAGACGGAUACAGAUCUACCGGAAGUAGAUCUGUACCAACUGCAGGUCAAUACCCUCCGUAGGUACAAACGAUUCUACAAGGUAUCCACGCGCCCCGGUAUCAACAAAGCACAACUGUCGGAGACAAUCAUGAAACACUUCAAAACCAUUCCGAUCAAGGAAAAGGAAAUUCUCACCUAUUUCAUCUACAUGGUUAAGUCCAACUCCAAUAAGCUAGACCAGAAGAAUAACGCCAGUAAUGAAGCCACAUGAAAGUAAACUCUAACCUUAUCUCUCUGGUCACCACCGGACUUAAGUAUAGUUCGUAUUAAUAACGAUGUCGGAAUGUGCAAAAUAU